AGAAUCUCUAUAGUCAACAAAACAACAAAAAUAAGCACUUUAAACGGCCUAACACUUCUCUAACAGAAUUUAUAUUCAUACGCGUUCCUCUCUCCAUUCUCUAUAUAAUACACUGCAAGGUUUCACAAACUUCACACACAAUUUUAAUAUCAUAGUAUCACUGUCUUUAUCACAAACCUAAUAUCAGAUCUUCAACCACCACGUUCUUCAUCUUCCUCUGUUUCUUAGAUUCCUCUGUUUUUGAUUAAUCAAAAUCUUGAUGGCCAUAAAGACGAUUGAAUUGUUGAAAGGGUGUGCUUCCCAAGAAGAAUUAAUGGAAGUUAUUGCUUCUGUGGCUUCAGAUUUAGGAGAUGUGAUCGAUGAUGUGAACACCAUGGAAGUGAUUCCAUUGAAAGGUGCAAUGACCAAUGAGGUUUUUCAGAUUAAUUGGCCAACAAGAAAUGGUUCUGAUCUCAGAAAGGUUCUGGUUCGAUUGUAUGGAGAAGGUGUUGAUAUUUUCUUCAAUAGGGAAGAAGAAAUUCGAACCUUUGAGUGUAUCUCAAAGCAUGGUCAGGGUCCACGUCUUCUUGCUCGCUUUACAACCGGUCGUGUUGAAGAGUUUAUUCAUGCCAGAACUCUUUCGGCUUGUGACCUCCGUGAUCCCGAUAUAUCGUCUCUGAUAGCAUCUAAGAUGAGAGAAUUCCACAAGCUUCAUAUGCCUGGUACAAAGAAGGCUCAUAUUUGGCAGAGAAUGAGAAAGUGGCUCGGCGAAGCCAAAAGUUUAUGCUCCCCAAAGGAUGCAAAAAAAUUCGGGCUAGAGAAUCUAGACGACGAAAUAAACAUCCUAGAGAAGGAGUUAUGCGAAGGAUAUCAAGAGAUUGGUUUCUGUCACAAUGACUUACAAUAUGGUAACAUUAUGAUGGACGAAAAAACUAAAUCAAUCACUCUAAUUGACUAUGAAUACGCGAGUUACAAUCCUAUUGCGUACGAUCUCGCAAAUCAUUUCAGUGAAAUGGCGGCCGAUUACCAUACCGAUACACCUCAUGUUCUUGACUAUAGUAAAUAUCCUGAACUCGAGGAGCGUCAAAGGUUUAUUCGCGCCUAUCUUAGUUCUGAAGGUAAGAAACCGAAGAAUGCUAAAGUGAACCAAGUUGUGACUGCUGUGGAAAAAUACACUCUUGCAAACCAUCUAUUUUGGGGCUUAUGGGGACUUAUUUCGAGUUAUGUGAACAAAAUUGAGUUUGAUUACAAGGAAUAUGCAAGACAAAGGUUUCAGCAAUACCGGUUAAGGAAAUCUACUUUAUUGGACACUCCAACCAUUGUUUCACAAAAUGAAACUGUAAAUGGUUCUCUACCACUAGCAUCUUGUGUGUGAUUUCUCUUAUGCCAAAUUCCCAUGUUUUAGUGAAGUUAAUCUUAGUUUUUUUUUAUGUACUGAUUUCAUAAUAACUUCAAAAGGCGUGACAUAUUCGCCGCGGCAUCUGUAUCUGUAAAUAAUAUAUUGUCACUGACAAUUUGCAAUUAGUUUUUGACAAUUUUCACUUCAAUUUGAUCAUCAAUUUAUCACUUUUGAGAUUUAUGAAAUGAAAUUGAGAAUGAAUGUGUUUA